AAGAAUCUUUGGUUUAGUUGUGCUUUCUGUUCUUUGAAAAAGCAUCGUAUAUAUUUUCAUCAAUCACCUCUUCGUCACAACCAGAUACUGCAAACUGCCACAAACUACGCACAUUCCCCACUUCUUCUUCUUCUUCUUCUUCUUCAAUAUCCACUCUAAGAUUAUUUGAACAAUGUUCGCCGUGAAGAAGCUCGUUGAAAAAGCCUCCAUAAAGAAGCCAGGAGGAAAUUCCUCAGAUGGAUUAAAAGCAAGUGAUGUGGAUCCAAGGUUGUUAUUUCAUAAUGGGGUGCCAUCUGGUGCUGCAAACUUUGCUUUUGACAAUACUCACAUGAUACUGGCCAUUUCUACAAAGGAUGGUCGGAUUAAACUAUAUGGUAAAGGUAAUUCCCAAGGCCUACUUGAAUCUAGUGAGCCAUUGCCUAGCAAGUUCUUACAGUUCAUCCAGAACCAAGGCAUUCUCAUAAAUGUUACUUCCAAUAAUCAUAUUGAGGUUUGGGACAUAGACAAGAAACUUUUGUCAGAUGCUUACAUUGUGAAGGAAGAAAUCACUUCCUUUGCAGUCAUACAACAUAGCCUAUAUAUGUACAUUGGAUAUUCUAAUGGUAAUAUUUCAGUGUUGAAGAUUGAUCAAGAACCUUGGCAUAUGGUUCAAAUGCAGUACACAAUACCCCUCUCGGCUUCUUACGGAGAUUCUGAAGUGCCUGAUGAUACUGUUGUGACACAUAUUCUGCCUCAACCAGCAGCUGAAAGUAAAAGGGUUCUGAUAAUCUUUAGAAAUGGCCAGAUAAUUUUGUGGGAUAUUAGAGAAAGCAAAACUGUUUUCAAAACUGGUGGAAACAUGUCACAACCACUCCAUAGUGAAACAAAGAAAGUUUCUUCUGCAUGUUGGUCAUGUCCUUUUGGAAGCAAAGUUGUUGUAGGCUACAACAAUGGAGAGAUCUUCAUUUGGAGUAUCCCUUCCCUAAACGUAGGAAGAGACAGUUCAGCAUCAGCGCCGGAUCAUAAUAGUACACAGAACACUCCUCUUCUUAAACUUAACUUGGGAUACAAGUCAGAGAAAAUUCCCAUAGGAUCAAUGAAAUGGAUUUAUGCUGAAGGAAAGGCUAGUAGAUUAUAUGUCAUGGGAGAUUGUGAUGAUGCAUCUUCUUUAAACUCAUUGCAGGUAGUGUUAUUGAAUGAUAACAUAGAAUCACGCACGAUUAAGUUGGGCCUUCAUUUGUCUGAAAGUUGUGUUGCCAUGGAGCUCAUAUCAGCUUCUUCAAAUGAACAAAGCAAGCACAGACAAGAAUCUUUGAUUCUGAUUGGGAAAUCAGGCCAUAUAUAUCAAUAUGAUGAUGGUUUGAUUGAAAGAUAUCUGAUACAAAGCCAAUCCAAGUCCUCACCCUCACUUCCAAAGGAAGUGACUGUGAAAUUACCAUUUGCAGAUUCAAGCAUCACAACUUCAAAAUUCAUAUCCAACACUACCAAUAUAUUAAACAUUGAAGAGGAGUAUUAUAGAGAGCUGAUAAAAAAUUAUCCACCACUCAUUACGGUCGAAACUAAUCAAAAGGAUGGGUCUACACUGAGUUCUGCCAAGUUUACUGGAUUCUCAAAAGUUCAAAAUCUGUACAUAACUGGACACAGCAAUGGAGCUCUAAACUUCUGGGAUGCUUCAUGUCCCCUUUUCAUCCCAAUUCUGCAGUUAAAGCAACAGAGUGAAAAUGAUUUUUCUUUAAGUGGCAUACCCUUGACAGCAUUAUUUUUUGAUAGCACAUAUCCUCUUCUUGUUUCUGGUGAUCAGAGCGGAACGGUUCGCUUAUUUAGAUUCAAACCUGAACCAUAUACUACCAACAGCUUCAUGUCUCUUACUGGCAGUUCAAAGAAAGGAACUGAUCAUAUAAUCCAGAGUGUGAAAGUUCUGAAGACUAAUGGUGCUGUGCUUUCUAUGAACAUAAAUCACAGUUCAACACAUCUUGCAAUUGGUUCUGAUCAAGGACAUGUUUCAGUUUUUAGCAUGGAUGGACCAACAUUGCUGUAUCAGAAAAACAUUGCUAGCGAAAUAUCCGCCGGCAUUGUCGAUCUACAGUUCCUAACAUGCAGUCUGCAGGGUUUUGAGAAGAACAUUCUAGCGGUCGGAACAAAGGACUCAUCUAUUUUUGCACUUGAUACUGAAACUGGAAACACACUUGGCAAUGGAAGUGUUCAUCCAAAGAAGCCCUCUAGAGCUCUAUUUAUGCAGGUGUUGGAGGGACAGGGUAACAGUGAGGAUGCAACAACAAAGCAAUCAUAUAUUCUGCUUUGUUCUGAGAAGGCUUUGUAUGUCUAUUCAUUAGUUCAUGCUGUUCAGGGAACAAAAAAGGUGCUCUAUAAGAAGAAGUUUCAUUCUUCUUCAUGUUGCUGGGCAUCAACAUUUCACAGCAAUAAUGAUAUUGGCCUUAUGCUCCUUUUCACCAAUGGAAAAGUAGAAUUAAGGUCUUUGCCGGAAUUAUCCUUGAUUGUGGAGACUUCUAUUAGAGGUUUCAACUAUUCGCCUCCAAAACUUGGAUCAUUUUCUGACAUCCAGAUGUGUUGUUCAUCAAGAGGAGAUCUUGUUUUGGUUAGUGGUGAUCAAGAAAUUCUUGUGUUCUCAACAUUGGUCCAAAGCAAAAUUUUCAGGCUUUUGGAUUUUGUCAGCACCAUCUACAGCAAAGAAAGGAUGACAUCACAAGAAGAGCUUGUCCCUAGCCAAGCCAUUCAUAAGGAAAAGAAAAAGGGAAUAUUCAGUUCAGUUAUCAAAGAUCUCACCGGUGGUAAAGAAAAGCAUGCCCCGAUUGCGGAAACAGAAGAUUCUAAAGAGAGUAUCCAGGAACUCUCAGUGAUCUUUUCGAAUCCGAAUUUUCCUUCUGAGACAGAUAAUAAUGAUAACCUGACUGCUGAUGAAGAUGAUCUUGAUCUAAAUAUAGAUGACAUUGACAUAGAUGAUCAUGAAGAAAAACACAGAGAACAAAACAAAUUGGGAUUGGGAGCUCUUAACAAGAAGAAAUUGGCUGGAAAGUUUCAUGCUCUAAAAGGUAAGUUGAAAGAGAUGAAGGGAAACAUUCACAAAACAUCAGCAAAGGAAGAUCAACAAGAAGAGCAAGCCGGAACAGUUGAUCAAAUUAAGAAAAAAUAUGGAUUCUCUUCUUAUUCUUGUUCCAAUGAAACAAGUGCUGCUAAACUGUCAGAAAGCAAGCUGCGUGACAACUUGAACAAACUUCAGGGCAUUAAUGUUAAAACUACAGAAAUGCAAGACACAGCAAAGUCAUUUUCAUCAUUGGCAAAUCAAGUGCUCCGAACAGCAGAACAAGAUAGACGAAGUUCAUAAAAGGCACUGAACAAGUGGAUUCAGUUUACCCGGUUUUUGUUGGGAAAAAAA